CACGGAGUGAUAAAAGAGGAAUCUGACAGACUGGUACUCUGAGCUGCCACAAAACGCCAGAGAACAGUCUGUUCAAACCCUUGGCGGAAAACGCAUGUACUUUACACUGGGCAAACAUCUUUACAGCACAACCUUUAUUCCAUGUCUGUCAAGGGGUCUAUGAAAUGCCCCGUGCCUCCGUCCAGCCCCACGACCCUGGAGGCCAAGGUUGACGACCUACGGAUUAAAGUGGAGCAGCUCCUCUUGAGCCCAGAGAGAAGUUGCCCCAUGUGUGGGACCUGCGUUCAGCACAGGACGCUGCAGGAGACAGUGACCAGUCAGCUGUCAGCUCAAACCAGACUCCUGGAUUCUCUUGAAAAGAAAGUCUUGGAAAUGAGAACAGCUCUGGAGGAACUGGCACGUGGUCUGGAGGACAGACAAUGUGAGAGAGUGUCUGUGCCUUUAGUGGCUCUACAGAGACGGAAAUCACUGCCUGUUCGAACCUCUGCGGAGGAAGUCUACGUUCGCUUGGACAGAGAGCAUAAAAUGGCGCCCUAUGCUUUUAAUGUGCCCUCUGAGAAAGGUAUUUUGUUAGAAAUGAAUGAAAACAAUGGUAUAAGAGAGGACCAUCAAGCUAAAAAAGAUUCAACAGACAUCAAAGUUCAACAUGAACCUAAAUUGCAAAUUAAGGGAGAAAAAGAAACAUCCACUGGACAUCAAAUGCAGAAAAUCAAUAAGGUUGAAAAUAAGAACAUGCCACCAAACCAAAAUGAUGUCCUAAAACCUGUCAUUGCUGCUUCAACGGUGACCCAGAGGACUCCAAGUAUUGCUCCACCAAAGACAGAAGCCAAAGAAGACAAGAAGGUGUCACUGCCAAACACCAAAGCACCUGUUCCUGUAACAACGGCUGGGGUUUUGCCCAGUACUAUCGUACAGAAGCAUACUGAAGCAGUGAAGGUAACCCUACCAAAUCAUACCAUACCGAAAACAACUGGACUGGUUGCACCAGCAAUGCCUCAGUGUUCAGCUUCAUUGGUACCCAAAAAUCCUCCCAAGCUUACUAUAUCAGAAGUCCCUACAGAUUCAACACCAGUCCAAACAUUUCCCAAAACAAGUCUGGGUCCUCCUGUAGCAACUGUGCAGAGUUCUGGAAAAUCAUCAGUUAAUGCACCUACAACAAAAAUAACAACGUCACAAGAGGCAACACUGUUACCACCAAGCCACAAACCGCCAAAAACAAUGGGUCUAAAUGUUACUACAGCAACAAAAGAAGCUUUUGCGCUCAGACAAGUGCAGAGCUGCCCGAAUUCCUUACAGAGAUUGCAGGCCACUGGUGGAAAGUCGGGUUCGGUCCACCCGGUAUCAGUGCCUCCGACUAAGAAAACGACUGAAGCAGUCGGAGCAGCAAACCACAUUUCAGGUGGAAUACAAAUUAAAAUAACUCCAGCUACAGACAAGAAUCCAGUACAGAUGAAAAGCAGUAACCCUCCUAAAACCUGUUUUAAAGUUAUAGACGAUGUUUCACCUCAGCCUGCGCCUUUUGUUCAUCGGUUUGUCGCACUGAAGUCUAACCCUCCACCCAGUGAUACCUUCAAUAUCCACACUAGAGAAGUGCUGGGAGGUGGUCGCUUUGGAAAAGUGCACAAAUGUACAGAGACUAAGACAGGGAUGAGGCUCGCUGCUAAAAUCAUCAACACAAGGAAUGCCAGAGAAAGGGACAUGGCACUAAAUGAGAUCCAGGUCAUGAACCAGCUCAGUCAUCCUAAUAUCCUCCAACUUUAUGAAGCCUUUGAGGUCAAGAAUCAAGUUGUCCUAAUCCUAGAGUAUGUAGAGGGAGGCGAGUUGUUCGAGAGAAUUGUGGACGAGAGCUGUCCGCUGACUGAGGUGGAUGCCAUGGUGUUUGUGAAACAGAUCUGUGAGGGUGUCCAAUACAUGCACCAGAUGUAUGUACUUCACUUGGACCUCAAGCCAGAGAACAUUCUACUUGUUAAUCGCUCUAGCCAUCAGGUGAAAAUUAUUGACUUUGGACUAGCGAGGAGAUAUAAACCACGAGAGAAGCUCAAAGUUUCUUUUGGAACACCUGAAUUUUUAGCUCCGGAGGUGGUGAACUUCGAUUUUGUCUCCUUUCCUACAGACAUGUGGACUUUGGGAGUCGUCACAUACAUGCUCUUAAGUGGCCUCUCGCCGUUUUUGGGUGAUGAUGACAGCCAGACCCUCAACAAUGUGCUUAUGGGAAACUGGUACUUUGAUGAGGAUGCGUUUGAGCAUGUGUCUGCUGAGGCUCGGGACUUCGUCUCCAACCUGCUGAUCAGAGAAAGAAGUGGUCGUCUAAGUGCUACACAGUGUCUCAAACACCCAUGGCUCAACAACAUUACUGAGAAAGCCAAGAGCAGCAACAUCGUGCUCAAGUCACAGGUUCUUCUAAAGAAGUAUAUGGCCAGGCGAUUGUGGAAGAAAAACUACAUAGCCGUUGCUGCAGCCAAUAGGUUUAAGAAGAUCGGAAGUUCAGGUUCCCUAACCACGCUUGGAAUCUAAGAGACGUCCUGCUGACUGUGCUCACUAUGUGUGCUUUUAUAAUGUGCAGAUCAUGUCUUUGUAUUGCGUGCUGCAUUGCCACCCACCUUUCAUAUCUGAAUACUCACUGGCUUCCAAUAUAAUUAUUCAAAUGCAUAUGUAACAUGCAAUAAAACUGAUGUACGACUGACA